CGCGCAGACGGUGCAGCCGUCAACAUCGGACAGUUCUUCGGAACCGCUCGGUGUCUGUUCGGACCUUUUUAUUCCAUUUAACCCCGCCGCCAUGACACCGUGGUACCAGCGCGUGACGAGGAAAACGCUUUAACGGUCGAGGAGCGGAAGUGAAACACGGAGGGAAGUUGUUGGAAAUUAAAAUCCCUAAAAAAAAAAGUGAUUUUAUUCGGACAAGUUCGGUUGUAAAGUUUAUCCCGGAGCAUCAGAAUCUCGGGGCAUGGACACAAACGUGAAGGAGGGACAACUUUAUGUGCAACACCAAAAGUUUGGCAAGAAAUGGAAGAAGAACUGGUUCGUGCUUUACCCCGCCAGCCAAAAUGGCAUCGCCCGCCUUGAGUUCUUUGACUCCCCUUCGGGCGGGGGCGGGUCCGGCGGAGGCUCUGGAGGCACCUCCAACGAGAAAACCAGGAAGCUGGACAAGAAGAUCAUCCGCCUGUCGGAGUGCAUCUCCAUUCUGCCCACUCUGGCCGAUUCAUAUCCCAAAGAAAACAUGGAGGCGUUUUGUGUGGAGACGAACGACAAGAUGCACGUGUUCGCUGCGGAGAAGAACGCCGCCAAGGAGUGGAUGCACACCAUGUGUGAGAUCGCCUUUCAGGGAGGGAACGGGAGCAGCAGCACUCCUGGACUUCAGGACAUGCAGAUGUCUGAAAAUCUAAUCUACUACUCCAGAGAGGAGGUGAACGAGUUCUGGGUGGCCGUCCAACGCACCGAGGCGUCCGAACGCUGCGGGCUUGCAGGAAGCUACUGGCUGAAAGCAGAAAGCGACGUGCUGAUCUUGAAGGAGCCGAAGACAAAGAGGAAAGUCCUGGUGUGGCCCUACAAGCUGCUGAGGAGAUAUGGGAGGGACCGGGUGAUGUUUUCUUUCGAAGCUGGCCGCCGGUGCGACUCAGGUCCUGGCAACUUCACCUUUGAGACGAAGCAAGGCAACGAGAUCUUCUCGCUGGUGGACCAGGCCAUCCAGUUACAGAAAGAUCUGGAAAAGGACCACCACCUCAGUGGCCCCCAGAGCUAUGACCCCGACUGCCCGUUGUCGCUGCAGCACAUACGGAACGCCGUUCCCGGUGGCGUGACGUCAGGAAGUGGGGACAGUAGCAGCUGCAGCAGUCGGGAGGCGGACGGCGAUUCGGGCGGCAGUAAGCCAGGCUCGGCUGAUGGCGUUCUUGGAAAGAGAGAAGGAGGUGAUGGAGGAGGAGGAGGUGGUGGAAAGGGGCAAGGAGGAGGAGCAGGACUCAAAGGGCGGAGCUUACCAGAACCUCCAGGGAUGUUGGGGGUUUUGGGAGGAGGUGGGACACCUCCACGGUCUCCUAGGGGGAAAGGUAUGUCCUCGCCUGAUGAAAAUGCUGGUCUUUACUCUGAGCCAGUAGACUCGGUCCGCAUGCCCGCGCAUGGUUCUGAUAGCCUUUAUUCUGACCCAGUGGACAUCAUUAAAGUUCAGAACCAAACCUCCAACCCAUGCACACCCCCAGUGCCAACCCCACGCAAUCGACCAACAGGAGACGAUGUGUCCGGAUGCAGUGUCCCAGGCGAUCAUCAUCCUGGAUUAAGCAACCCCAAGAAGGUACCGGACCUAUACUCACAUGUGUAUGACCAGAUCGGCCAGGACCUGAACCAGAAAACGAGUGCCCUGAACCUGAACGGAGGUGUGGGGGGAGGAAGAGGAAAAAAUAACAACAGAUGCACAGGAGGUAAAGCAGAAGGGUCUUCAUCACCUCCUGGCUCGUCUUUGGAUCACAUCUAUGAUGAACCAGAGGGCUGCGCCAAAGGAAGCUUCGUGCAGGGUCAUUUAGGGAUGACUGUUUACGAUGAGGCCCGUUUGGAACCUCCCAUCCAGAGGAGACAGGAAGAGACCGGGGGCCCAACAGGACCGGAGGAGACCUACAGCACCUCCUCCAAGGGGAAGCCGUCAGAGCCCCAAAGACAAUCUCCAAAGCAAAUGGGCCCAAAUCGUGGCACACCACAACUUCCAGCACCACGAUGGGCCAAACCUGCCACCGCUCCCAAACCAAACAAGGGUCUUUUUGCGAAGAAAGAACCGGUACCCCCACCCCCUGGAAAACAGGGGAGUAAUGUGAACAACAACAACAAUGUGUGGAGCGCUGGAGGAAGCGGGAAGGAAGUGUACAGCAUAGUGUCUAAACAGAAGCCUCCGCCUGCUCAUUCGUGGUACAAACAGAACCGCAAGGCGCCGCUGAGGUCACCUGAUAUCAUCUAUGACAACUUGGGAGACAUUUGACUUUCUUCUUGGACUCAAAACUGUUUGUUCUCUUUCUCAAAAACAAGCUGAGGAGAAAGCUCUCAGUCAGCAGGAGAUUCGUUAGCGCCAUCGGUGGACUGCAAAAACUUUCUGAGCUGCUUGGUUUGUUCAGAGCUAACCAGCUCUAAACUAUGAGGAAAAACCACAUUAUGGCCGCAUUUUGAAGCAGCUGGGGCAACCACUGUUGGGCCACCCUGCAUGUGCAGUGUAGAGAGGGAAAGUGUUUGCACGGUCAAACCCAUAAUUGGUUACCGAGCCACAGUGUGGCCGAAGCUUUACUCAACCACACAGAAAUCCAAGGGAUGGCUUCACUUUAACAAGCUGAGAGAGCGGCUCCUCUUUUCUGGGCUUGGAGUCCUGUUUUGCACUGUCAUUCAGCUGUAAAAUGUGAAAUAGAGAACGAUGGCCAGGAGUCACUGUUUGACCGGACCGGAGUGCGUUGGUGACCAGGACUUUGCCAAAAGGGGAGGAUCUUUUACAGUUUUUUGUUUUG